AUGGUGCACCCAGCAGGAAGAACAAUCUUGGCAUCGACUAUUGCUAAGCAGUAUGUCACUGAGAUAACAUCGCAAGUCAAAGCAUUGAGCUUCAAACCAAAGUUGGUAGGCUUUUUGGCCAAUGAUGACAGUGCUGCUGAGAUGUAUGCCAACUGGUCAGCGAAAACGUGUGAGCUGAUGGGCUUUGAGUACGAGUUGAGAAGAAGGGCCAAGCACGAUCUUGAGAGUGCCUUGAUUCAGGCGAACAACGAUGACAAGGUUGAUGGUAUAAUGGUUUACUUUCCUAUAUUCGGUGACAAGCAAGACCAAUAUCUUCAGCAACUCAUCUCCACUGAGAAAGACGUUGAGGGUCUCAACUUCUUGUACUACCACAACAUGUACCACAAUAUCAGAUUUUUGGACCCACCUACGAAUGAGCAAAAAUCCAUUCUACCUUGCACGCCUUUGGCUAUGGUAAAGAUCUUGGAGUAUUUGGGUGUCUACAACAAGCACUUGCACUACGGUAAUCGUCUUUACGGCAAGAAAGUUUUGGUUGUCAACCGCUCCGAAAUCGUUGGGAGACCACUUGCUGCCCUUUUGGCCAAUGACGGAGCCACGGUUUAUUCUCUCGAUAUCAACAAUAUUCAACAGUUCACCAGAGGCGACGACUUGCUGAUGCAGAGACACAAAGUCAUCGACUUGGAUCUGAAGGAAUACCCGCUUGAGAAAGUGGCCCCUCAAUGUGACGUAAUUAUUACCGGCGUGCCCUCGGAAAAUUACAAAUUCCCUACCGAAUUGGUGCCGAACGGAGCCGUUGUGAUAAACUUUUCAAGUGCCAAAAACUUCAACGAAGAUGUGAAGCAGAAGGCCGGCUUAUACGUUCCUCUGAUUGGAAAAGUCACCAUUGCCAUGCUUCUUAGAAACUUACUCCGUUUGAUCAACAACAAAAAAAUCCGUGUGGAGAAAGCUAGCGGUGGUGGUACCGGUGCCGCCGGUGCUUCUUCUGAGACCGGUACCGCCGUUGAACGUGGGGCAGAAGGUGACAAGGCGGAAUAG